GAUGGCAUACACGAAAUAAUUUCAAUGUCACCGAGUUGAAAGGCUGGGAGUUCUGGAAGUUAAGUCUAUCCCCUGUUAGAUCACCUCACGACAGACAACUUGCUUAAUUCUGCUUAUUGGACAUAGUUUUGUCCUUGGAGACGCCGCAAAGGAGCUUGGGUAGGCGGAAGCAGCGGCGGCACCGCGCUUUUGUGCACGCCCACGAACUCCCUUGAAGGAGCGACAACUUCUUACAGCUAUCGCGUUGGCGCCAACAUUCCAACGCAGUUCGUGCUGCGGCGCUGAGUCAAGCCCAGUCACAGACUUUCAGCCGAGGCCCGGCAAAGGCAGAGGCCAGCAGACAAGUGCGAGUGCGAGUGCGACAAGAUGGUGAAACAGCGCAUGAGCAGUUCUGACGUGGCGGCGGAGGUGGCGUGUCUGCGGCAGCGCAUCCUGGGGCUGCGUGUCGCCAACAUCUACGACCUCACGCCCAAGACGUAUGUGGUCAAGCUGGCCCGCUCCGGCGAGGAGGGCGAGAAGGUGUACCUGCUGCUGGAGAGCGGGGCGCGUUUCCACACCACCAAGGUGGGUGUGUGCAUGGAGCUGACACUGGGCAGCGGCCCCGGCGCCGUACACCUAAUCCUGGAGAUGUACGCGCAGGGUAACAUCGUGCUCACCGACUCCAAGUACGAGGUGCUCACACUGCUGCGGUCACACAGGGACGACGCCAAGCUGCAAGACAACUCCAUUGUGCUGGUGCUGGCCAACACGCUGGACGAGGCGGGGGAGGAGGGGAAUGAGGAGGCCAACAACCGCCGGGCGGUCAAGGUGGCUGUGGAUCUGUCGCUGUCGGCCCACGCCAACGCCUCCGCGUACUUCGACACGCGCCGCAAGCACCUGGCCAAGCUAGGCAAGACGCUGGCUGCCAACGAGGCGGCGCUGGCGGCGGCGGAGAAGAAGGCGGAGGCGGCACUCAAGCAGGUCCGCUCCCAGCCCGCGGCGCUGCAGCCGGUGCGUAAGCCCAUGUGGUUCGAGCGCUUCCACUGGUUCAUCAGCUCCGAGAACUACCUAGUGGUGUCGGGCCGCGACGCGCAGCAGAACGAGCUGCUCGUCAAGCGCUACUUCAGAAAGGGCGACGUGUACGUGCACGCCGAGCUGCACGGUGCUAGCAGCACCAUCGUCAAGAACCCCCAGCCCGACCAGCCCAUCCCGCCCAUCACCUUGCAACAGGCGGGCUGCGCCUGCGUGUGCCGCAGUCGCGCCUGGGACUCCAAGAUUGUGACCAGCGCCUGGUGGGUGCACCACCACCAGGUGUCCAAGACCGCCCCCUCCGGCGAGUACCUGGUGACGGGCAGCUUCAUGAUCCGCGGCAAAAAGAACUUCCUGCCGCCGCAGCCGCUGGUGAUGGGCUUCGGCUUCUUGUUCAAGCUCGACGACAGUUGCAUUGCCGCACACCUGGGGGAGCGGGCCGUGCGCGGGCUGGACGCAGACGCCUCCUCAGUGUACGGAUCCGUGUACGGCGGCGGCGGCGGCGGCGCGGCUGGCGGCGGCGGCGGUGGCGGCGGCGGCGCUAUGUCAGAUGUGGCGGAGGAGGACGAGGAAGGCGAGGAGGUCGACCAGCUCGGAGACGACGACAGCGCCGGAGCCAGUGCCAGCGGCGGCGGCGGCGGCGGCGGCGGCGGCGGCGGCGGCGGCGGCCUCACGCAACAGGCGGUGGCGGCGGCGACGGCGGCAGCGGAGGAUGAGGAGUACACAAUUGUGGAGACGGAUACGCCGGCGGCGGCAGCCGCAGCCGCCAGUGCUGCGAGUGGCGGCAAGGCCGGGGGCGCUGGCGGCAAAGGGCAGGGCGCCGCAGCGGCCGGUGGCAAGGGCGCGGGUGCUGGUGGCGGCGCCGCCGCCGCUGCAGGCGGCAAGGGGCAAGUGCCGGCUGCCGGCGGCAAGGGCGGCGCGGGGGCACCGGCGGAGAAGGGUGCCAAGGGCGGGGCAGCGGGCGCGGGUGCUGGCGCCGCCGGGAAGGGCGGCGCAGCGGGAGGCAAGGGCGGCGCGGGCGGCGCUGGCGGCAAGGGCGCUGCCGCCGCCGCUGCGGCUGCCGCCGCCGCCGCCGCCGCGCCGACUCCCUCGUCGCGAGGCAAGAAGGGCAAAGCGGCCAAAGCCAAGGACAAAUACGCGGACCAGGAUGAGGAGGAGCGCGCGCUGGCGCUGGCUGUGCUGGGCAGUGCGGGCGACAAGAAGAGCCGCUCGGACCGACGCAAGGAGCGCAAGGAGAAGCGCGAGGCCAGCCGCACAGAGGGCCGCGCAGCCACGGCGGGGGACGAGGAGGAGCGGCAGCAGGCCAUCGAGCGCGCGACUGGCAAGCAGUUUGCGCGCAUCGAAGAGGAGGAGGAGACGGAGGAGCCGUCGGAGGAGGGGGCGCAGCAGCACGGGCAGCACGGGCAGGAGGGGCAGCAGCAGCAGGAGGGCCAGCAGCAGGAGGCGGGCGGGGAAAAGCCGGACAAGGCGGAGGGCGGUGAGGGGGGUGAGGACGACGACGAUGAUGAUGAUGACGAGCCGGUUCCAGAUGAGGCCGCCACUGAGGCUGAGCGCGCCGAGAUCGCGGCGCUGCUGGCUGAGGAGGCGGCCGACGGCGGCGCCGCCGCCACCGCGGGCGGCGGCGCGGGCACGGGCGGCCUGACGGAGGACGACGCGGCGCGCCUGUCUGUGCUGGACAGCCUCACGGGCGUGCCGCGUCCGGACGGGUCGGACCUGCUGCUGUUCGCGGUGCCGGUGUGCGGGCCCUACACCGCGCUGCAGGCGUACAAGUACAAGGUCAAGGUCACGCCGGGCACGGUCAAGAAGGGCCGCGCCGCCCGGCAGGCGCUGGAGCUGCUGUCGCGCGCGCCCGAGGCGCCGCCGCGGGAGCGCGACCUGCUGCGGGCUCUCCCCGAGAUGGAUGCUAUUAACGCGCUGGUGGGCCCGGGCGUAAAGCUGUCCAUGCCGGGCCUUCAGAAGCUCAAGGCCGAUGACAAGAAGAGCAAGAAGGCGGCGGCGAAGGCGCGCGUGGGCGGCGGAGGCGGCGGCGGGAAGGGGGAGGAGUAGCAGGGCGGGGUUGCAAGGAUGUUUGGGAAAGCGGUACAGGAUGCACUGGGGUGGGGCAGCGGAGGCGGUGGGUUGGGGGGAGGGGAGGUUGUGGUUGUGGUUGCGGGAAUUGAACAUGUGUGGGUGGGGUGGGGUGGGGUGGGAGGGGUGGGAGGGGUGGGAGGGUGAGGAGAGGGGCGGUGGUCGCCGCGACGACCCCACCAGCAGCGGCGCGGCGGAGCGGAGUUGUGUGUGUUGGCGCCAGAUGCCAGGCCCAGGAACACUGCUGUGUACCGGUAGCUAACUGCGUUGCCCCGUAUUUGUUAGUGAGGUAUCUAUCGUUUGAGGAUGAAGGGAUGCAUGUCAGUGCUAAAGAGAUAGCAACGCACGCCAAGGGUCCUGGCCGCUUUGCAAAGCCGCGCACAGGCUGUGCCGCGGCCUCCCGGCGGAGUUUUGACAACCGUGCAUGUAGGCGGUAGCAGCUGUCGAUGAUGGCUGCAGCAGGCUGAGCAGAGGCGGCAGUAGGGGGCCCCACUGCUCAGCAAUGGGCCCCCCACAGUAGUGGAGCAGGGACGGGGGGCGGUGGAGGGCAGGAGGGGCUACAUGUGCCUGUCCCAUGCAUGGCAUCGACUGUCCAUGUCGUGAAGAUGCUUAAGACUCGUGUCCUGCAAAGCCUUUCAGAUACAGCAGCAGGCAUGCGCGUCCUCGACUCCUCACCCGCUCUGCGCCUCGGACCCUGGGAAGCGGACUGCGUUGAGGACGCGGUGAACGUGUCACCCAACCACCCCUGGCCACCCGUUGUCUUCGUCACCUCACCCACGUUGGCCCGUGCAUCGCGCCGCAUAACCCCGACGCAGCCAUGCACAUGUAACCCCGGACCGCC